AUGGCCACUCGCUUCAGCAAGGCCGAGGAAGACGACGCAGCCUGUGUUUCUCUUCCAGAUAAUAUGCUCUCCCUCACCCUCGCAAAACACCAGAAUGGUGGAGAAGCUUUUAAUCGCCCUACCCCUCCUUCCCCUUCUGAUUCGGGCUCGUAUCCCUUUGAGAAGAUUUUCCCUGUUUACGCGAGAGGCUUCUCCAGGCCCGACUCCGACUCGCUUGCCAACUCCCUUGACCACAUUUGGGAGGCCGUCAAGGACGAGGCCAAGCUGGAGGCAGAUAAGGAACCAAUUUUAAGUAGCUUUCUGUAUGCUAGUAUACUUUCACAUGAUUGCUUGGAGCAAGCACUUGCCUUUGUUCUUGCCAAUCGACUUCAGAAUCCUACACUUUUAGCCACUCAGCUGUUGGAUACAUUUAUGGAUGUGAUAUUGCAUGAUAGAGGUAUUCAGCGUGCGAUUCGCCUAGAUGUUCAGGCGUUCAAAGACCGGGAUCCUGCUUGUCUCUCAUAUUGUACCGCUCUAUUGUAUCUAAAGGGUUACCAUUCCCUGCAAUCGUAUAGAGUUGCUCACGUGCUGUGGAACCAAGGACGAAAAGUGUUGGCUCUUGCAUUGCAGAGUCGAAUCAGUGAGGUGUUUGGAGUUGAUAUUCAUCCAGCUGCAAAGGUUGGAGACGGCAUUUUGUUGGAUCAUGGAACUGGCGUGGUUAUUGGAGAAACUGCAGUUAUUGGCAACAGAGUGUCAUUAAUGCAUGGGGUUACUCUUGGAGGCACUGGGAAAGAAGUUGGAGAUCGCCAUCCGAAAGUUGGUGAUGGUGCACUGAUUGGAGCAUGUGUGACAAUACUCGGUAACGUAAAAAUUGGUGAAGGGGCUAUGAUAGCUUCUAGCUCUCUGGUAUUAAAGGAUGUCGGCCCACACAGCAUGAUGGCUGGAACACCAGCUAAAGUGAUAGGAUACGUCGAUGAGAAAGAUCCUUCUCUAACAAUGAAGCACGAUGCUACCAAAGAAUUCUUCGAGCAUGUAGCUGUGAGCUUUGUUGAGGGAAGACCCAAUGGUGUGUGA